AUGCGACAACAGCAACCUGAGGAAAGUCUGAUGGACUAUAUGAGGUCCGUACGGCGCCUUGCCCGAUUGGCAUAUCCCACCUCUACAGUCGAGGAACGUAAUGCACACGUUUUGGAUCGAUUUCUUGCUGGGCUCCGAGAACCCAAAACCAAAGAUGAGUUACAACUACGGCCACCAAAAGACCUGGCCGCCGCAGAAUCAAUAGCCGAGAUCCUGGACCGGAACGCACGCCGUAAAAGGCGACCGCAAGGAGAUUUCGCUGCAGGCUUCAGACAGGAAUGGAGAGCACCACCCAGAGAAAAUAGUGAGAGGAAACCCCUAAUGGUGCCCACAUGCUACAUCUGUCACCAAACCGGGCACACCUCGCGAUUUUGCCGGGAUCAAGGAGGACCGAGUAAGUCCACAUCGAAAGUUGUUAAUGCCAAUAAUUUCACAACUACGAAUAUGAACAUGGGAUUUCCAUUUGUGGAGGUAAAGGUAGAGGGCAAAGCAAUUAAUUGUUUGUUAGAUUCUGGGUCGGUUCGCAGUUUGGUAAGUAACAAAGAAACUGUUUGA